GAAAACGUAGCAACAAGCAUUAUUGACAAUUUUAAAUUUUUACCAAAAUUAUCACAAAAUUUCCUUGAAAUUUUAGAUGAUGAUGAAUAUUAUGAUGUUAAUAUUGAAGUUGGUAUUAACCCUCAUGUAAAAACAUAUCACGCUCAUAUGGUUAUUUUAAAUUACCGUUCUCCUUACCUACGAAGAAAGUUGUCUACUAAUAAAAAAAAUAAUGAUGGGACUUUGGCACGUAUUGAACUACCCAAUAUUUUACCAGAAAUUUUUGUGAUAAUUUUAAGAUACAUUUAUAGCGGAAAACUUACUUUAAAAGAAAUUGAUCCAUUAGACAUAAUUAAAUUACUAGUUGCCGCUAAUGAACUAAGUCUUCAGGAGUUAGUUACCUAUAUUCAAUCCUUUUUAAUUGAGAAUAA